GCCCGCUUUUAUUCUUCUCUCUGGUUCGUAAUAAAUACUUUGGCGCUCGGUCCGCGAACGACAGCCGCGCGUAAUCGAACGUAUGACGACGCGCAACCGGCUGUUUGGAUUUUCGCGCUAAAUCGUCUGUGCCGGGACCGUUGCGAAAGUUGCAAUGUCUCGUGCGUGGUGAACGGUCGCACCAUGUUCGUGACAAACCUGGAAAAGGACUUCUACAGCGCGAUACAGAAGCACAGAUGUUUACUUCUUGUGAAUUUCGACAUCGAUGCAAUUUGUGCUUGCAGAAUAUUACAACAACUUUUUAAGAAUGAUCACGUGAUAUACACCCUCGUGCCUGUUCGGGGUGUUCAGGAUAUGAUAAAUGCGUUUGAGGAGAAUUGCGACGAGAUAAAGAAUGUCGUUACAAUAAACUGCGGUGGUACUCUAGACUUAGUGGAUUUACUGCGACCAAAUGAAUCUGUGGUAUUUUUUAUUCUUGACAGUCAUCGACCUUACGACUUAUGUAAUAUUUAUUCUGAGAGUCAGAUACGUAUUCUUGGCAAAUCCGAUGAGGACAAUGAAAUCCCAGAAUAUAAUGAUAUAUUCCGAGACGAUAGUUCAGACGAAGAAGACGAAGACGAAGACGAAGACGGUGAAAACAGACAGAGCAAACGGAGGAGAUUGAAUGAAGAAGAUCUUAUAAGACAAAGUGAACGAAGAAAAUGGCUAGAGAACAGAGCGACAAUUCUAUUCAAUUAUACUCAGUACAGUUAUUAUGGCAAAUCAAGUGCAACAGUAGUUUUUGAAAUGGCAUGGAAUAUGUCAAAGGAUAAUUUGGACAUGGCAUGGUGGGCAAUAAUUGGUUCAACAGAACAGUCUAUCCUCAAUAAAGUGGAGUCGCGAGUGGCCAUUCUUGAGGAAGGUUCUCUUCAAGCUCAUGUUUCAAGAUUAACACAUAGACAAAGUGUUGAUGUCGAUAAGCAAACACAGCAGCAGAGUGUUGCUAAAGUUACUUAUGACAAAGAUCUUCAAUUAGCAUUGUAUCGCCACUGGACGGUUGAAGCCAGCUUGAAAUACUCUGUGUCAACUGCGGUGUCGUUCCGUCUUUGGUCCAUUAGAGGUGACCAACGUUUGAAGGAAGUUUUGGCGGAAAUGGGUUUACCUUUGGUACAAUCUAGACAGCUGUUCCGUGCAAUGGAUCUUAUGUUUAGACAAGAAUUUCGGCAAAUGGUAGAAAAAGUGGCCGACAAGUACAACGUCAGCAGCAUUAUUGGCACUAGUUUUAUCUUUCAGUACGGUUACCGCUUUAAAUAUUGCGCUUCCGAUAUAGUGUAUGCUAUGUUGGCCCUGCUGGAUUCUACGAUGAAAGAUAGACAGCCACAGCGAUGUUUCUUGGACGCGCUGGAUUGUUUGUCGCGCACAAAGAAGGAUACUUUAGAAAGCGGCAUCGAGAAAGCAAAACUUAUGCUUCUCAAUAUUUUCAAAACGGCAAAAAAUAUAUUGGAAACCAAGCAAGUAAAGAAUUUCGGUUCUUUCUUGUAUCUCAGCGUGCCAGAUGGAAAUAUAGACACGUAUUUAUUUAUGCAUCCUCAUCCUCUGAUUAUGCUAGCUCAGUUUGUGCUUAAAGCAUACGUGAGUUCUACGAGGAACAGACGCGCUUCCGAAUGGCCCCUUGUGGCCUCCGCUGUGUUCAACGCGGAGGAGGGAACGUGUCUCCUCGUUGGCAUACCGCCAGUCUGUGAGGAUCAACCCAGAAGUUUAUUCGGGAAAGCGUUCGAGCAAGCCGCAAAAAAUAAAAAUUGUUACAUCGACGCAGACUAUUUCGACACUACGAUAAUAAGACUGAAAAUUGAAGAAAAAUCAAAGUUUCUCGAUGCUCUCGCAGCCCUUCUUGCAUGAUCAUUACGGAAUCGUUAUAAAUCGGACGAACAGCACGAUGAAAUAAUCGAAUUUCUUUUAUUUAAUGCGACUAUCAGAACAAUUUAAUGCACUUUAUCGCACGUGACGUACAAUGCCUUUUUUACGAACCGUAAAAUUUUCUUUUGCGAUUUAGACGCAAACUUUUUUAACCAGCGACAGUAGUAGCUUUAUGUUUGUAAAAUAUUUUAUGUAUAAAAAAUUAGAAGGUACAGAGAGAAAGAGUGAGUGAGUGAGUAAUUUUGUAUGUAAAUGUGUAAUGUGUUGUAUGAAAAACGCUUAGGAUACAACAAUAUAAAUAAACAACGGAAGAUCAUACUGUUUUCAUAUUUGCAUUGAUAACUUAAAGAAUAUGAUAAAUUUAAUACUUUUAUUUAAAAAAAAAAAAAAAAAAGAAAGAAAAA